AUGUCUUCCACUAAGUCUCUCCAAUCUGACAAUCUCUCUGCUAAUUGUCAAAGCUCUCCCCACAAGGCCAAGCGUGAUAAUUCGCGAUUUGCUACCGGCGGCCAAACUCUGCACGACCAACGACGGCAUCUUCGUGAAGAAAUGCGCGGAAAAUUUAUCGUGAUGCCUGUGGACAAGUUCAUGGAAACGUUCGCUCCGGAAUCUGAAGCGAUGGUGGAGAAACCAUUCCAGCCGAAUUUCAAGAAGGCAUUUAAGAAGAUGGAGAACGUACUCGAAGGUACAAUACGAGAAGAGCAAAUGAUUGUCCUCGAGCUGGUGCAGAACAAGCCCGACAAGGCGGAGCCCUCUAGGCAGAAGGUUGAUGCCGCACUGUUUCUGCCUGAGAAUUCCAAGCAGAGGAAGUCACUCAAGGAUGGUAGGCCACAUUGGGCACUUCAGCGCCUGUCGAUCGAGUUCAAGAAGCAUAGAACGGAGGACGAUCCGUUCGAAGAUCCAAAGACGGAGGCCGAGGGUGAAGACGACCCGCACUACCAUGCUGAGCGAGGCGACGAGGUCGACGGGGAUGACGUGGACGAUGCGGAUGACAUGGACGACAUGGACAAUUGCCUGGAUGAAAACGAGUCAUACGAAGACGGUGGCCCGUCAGUGGAAGACAAUGAAGACUGCGUCGAAGAGAAUCCCCUUCAGAUGACUUCUGAAAAAUCAUCCAGAGAGGUCUUCAAGACAGCUUACGAGCCCCCAGCUGACCGACGAGCUGCCACUCGAGGGCAGAUCAUCUCCUACGCGAAAAUGCUCUUUUCACGGCAACAUCGCUGCUUCGCGUUCACGAUUCUCAUCCUCCGCGAUUUCGCGCGAAUUAUUCGCUGGGACAGGGCCGGUACUGUUAUCACGAACAAAUUCAAGUACACGAACACCGAGUACCUUGGCAAGUUCCUGUGGCGAUUCUGUAACAUGACUGACAAACAGCAAGGAUACGAUACGACAGCCGUUGCUGUGAAACCCGGAUCGGCAGACUACAAGCUCAUGGAGCAGCUGGCCAAGAAUCCGCCAAAAGGUGCUGGCUCCGAGUACGCGAGGCAAUCGUUCGCCAAGUCCAUGCCCAAUCUCUCGAAGGAGAAUCCCGAUGACUGGUCGUGUUGGAAACUGACCGUACAUCCGGAAAAGGGGAAGGCGACCGACGGCUCAGACGCUCGACCUGCAGGGAGGAAUGUCUGCAAAAAGCCACGUUUGCAACAUUUUUUGGUCGGCAAGCCUCAUUUUCAGGCAUCAGGUAUGACAGGCCGCGCUACACGAGGGUACAUUGCGUACGACUGCCAGGGUGAGAAGUUCGUCUUCCUCAAGGAUGUGUGGCGCGUAGACCUGCCGGAUAUCGAGAAGGAGGGAUACAUUGUCCAGUCUCUCAACGACGCAGAAGUCGCAAACGUCCCGACUAUGGUUUGUCACGGGGACGUUUUAGAAGUUGAAGAUGAUGGAAAUGCUGUACGCAUUGAACGACAACAGACGAAGACGGACACUUACUGGCACGAGUCCUAUAGUGGACAGAUGAACCCAAUCAAGACCCAUACACAUUACCGCCUCGUCGUGGAAGAGGUCUGUCGCCCAUUGAGCGAUUUCGAGAAUUGUUUUGAGUUGGUGAAGAUCAUAGCAGACUGCAUCUAUGGUAUGGCCUUGAAGGACGCUAAGCUGAUUCACCGUGAUGUCAGCGCAGGAAAUGUCCUCAUUAAUGAAAAGCUGACGACCGUCAAUGGUGAGGACGUUCCCGUCCGUACAGGCAUGUUGAGCGAUUGGGAGCUGUCUAAACCAACCAAUGAAGCCAGAGAGGAUGCAGAGGAGACUCGGAUGGCAAGGCAACCUGACCGUACUGGGACAUGGCAGUUCAUGUCUGCCAUCCUACUAGACUCGCCCACUAGGCCCGUCGAAGUUGCAGACGAACUUGAGGCAUUUUUUAAUGUCUUUUCUUUCUACCUCGUCAAGUUCACCAACAGUUCCAUCAAGAACCCAGCAUACUUCAUGUCUCAGUAUUUUGACGAGUGUACUGUCAGCGACUCCGAAACUCACUACACCUGCGGGUCAGCCAAGCGCAAUGCAAUGCAGUCGGGAAUAUUGCAGACAACCCUCGACAAAAGUGUCACAUUCUUUUGCAGUGAUGGCAAGACGCCGCAUCCGUGCAAUAAGCUCGUCAACGAGAUGUUGGGAUGGUUUAAAGCCCGAUAUGCAGAGUUCUCACCAACCGAUUGGCCCCAAGGGGCCGAGGCGGCUGCGUUCGAGGCUGAAUUUACUAUGGAUGAACUUGGUGAAGGCACGCAAGUUAUCUCCAAGAAAAUUUUAGAGAUAGGAAAACCUCUCGCUGCGAAAUUGAAAACCCAGGAUCCUACGUACACGUUAUUCAAGAAGGUCCGUGUUACACCGGAGGAGCGCAAACUAUGGCCUAAACAUGACAAGAUACCCGACAGAGUCCCUUCGAACUACAAUUACGCGCGCUACAGAGAGAAGGGCCUCGAGCUUCCUGCAGCACCCUUUGCCUCGAAGCGUCGUCUUGAAGUAGAUCUCCAGAGCUCCCGUCGGAGCAAGCGAUCCAAAGUUGACUGA